CGUUACAAGCUCUGAGUUGCGUUUAGUGACAUUUCUUAAAUAUUUUUACGUAUGUCUAUUCGCUUUGAGAUUGUGUUGAACGAGCAGAUUAAUGGAUGAAGUUCGGUAAUUUCCACUAGGAGGAUGGGGGACCACAAUGGGGGAGUGCCACUGCUCUAAAAUCGCCAUUAUGCAGCUGUUCCACGAGCUGAAGCAGCAGUUCCCCGCACUCUCCGAUCACGUCGUCUCUCAAUGCAUCGCCCAGAACAGCCACGACAGGGACACAUGCGCUCGGAGUCUGCGAGCCGUCCAGAAGUCGCGGCCUCAGCCGGGAUCCUAUCCUCUGGGGGUCGGUAUGAGCCAGGAGACGGAAACGCUGGCUCAGCAGCCACGUAGGUCCGACUCCCUGGACGUCGAGUGCCGAAAGCAUCGCCCGGGCUACACGAGGUCCGAGGAGAGGCCCCGAUCGAACGCCAACGUCGCUCGGGGUGAGCAUCUGGUGCCAACUCUUCAGAGAUUUAACAUUUCGGGAUUAGCGGAAAUCUCGAGUGCCAGUGCUAGCGAACGAGUGCAAUGCUUUACGAAAAUUUGGCAACAUUUAUUUCCACUCCAGCAGCAGCAGCAGCAACAAGGGGUAAAUGAGCCGGCGAUCAGGGGCUUCACGUCGGUAAAUCUAACCCUACGACCACCCUCGUCGAAGCCCCAGCCUCCCAUAAACAUAAGCUCGCAGGGCUCGGGGUUAACCUACACGAACUCCCUCCACGAUCCGCAGAGCUUCCAGAGUCAACUCCAAGUUAACAUCGGUCAGGGCAACGUAUCCAGCAUCACCGCGACCAGGAUUAAGCCGUCCUCGACAUUACACUACAGUCCCGACAUCGAGCAGCCAUUAGUUAUUCUGGAGAAUCGAUUGGGGCACUCGACGACGACAACGACGACGACAACGACUACGACGACGACGACGACGACGACGACGACGACGACGACGACGACGAUGAGCACUACGCUGAUACCCUCGGUGCCGCUGCUAAGCAUCGCGAGUCCGUCGACGGACAUUGGGGCGGUGCCGCGUACCUCCACGGCCGCUGCUUCUCACGACAACGUCAACGACGACGGUCAGUUCGAAUUACCCACUGAAUUCCAAGACAUCUUGAAAGAUGUUCCAGAUGAAUUCAAAGCACUAGUGACCGAUCAACUCAUUAGAAAAGAUCGGCUAGCUAAAGCAUUGGAAAUUGAGAAAGCGGAAUUGGAGGCUCUAAAACAAGAUAUAGAAACUUAUAGGCAAUUGUUUGAAAAUAAUAUUUCACCAGAGGAAAUCGAACGACAAUUGAGACGUGAAAUAGCUGAAUUACGAUUCGAAUGCGAUAGAUUGGCGAAAAUUGUGAAUCGUGAAUCCAGUCCUCGUGAUCCUCUUAACGAAGAUAAUGAAGAAUUUUACCAGGGAAUUUAUACCGGGCAGCAAUAUAUUCCACAAUCCUUAAUUGUGGAACCAUCUGAUUCCCCUAGUCAAUUGCCCACAGAGGAUUCUGCCUCGAGUAGAAAUGAUAGCCAAGAGGAAUCAGAUGAUCCAUCAUGGGUCUGUCAGAGGUGUACAUUUGAUAAUCAUCCAUUAUUGGAUAAGUGCGAACAAUGUGACAUGCCAAAAAUUGUUGAAAAUGCUCAAGGGGAAACGCAGGAUAUUCGUAUACGAGUUACACAUCAUAAUUUCAAUCCUCGACGAACGAUCCAUAAUUGGGUGGUAUAAUAUGAAACCAACACCUUAGAAAUUUAAAGUUGUACAUAUAAUUUAAUAUGCAAUUAUAUUAAUUUUAAAGGAUAUUUUACAAAUUUUGA